AUGUCAGACAAGAAAAACUGCACGUGCUGCCAUGACUGCCAGAUCUGCCUGUCUCGUCUCUAUGCAGAAUGUUGCUCCUGUGUUGGUUUAUGUCCUCCACCCGAUCCAAAUGAUGUUCCUUACAAAAGCAGUACAAUUGAAAUUCUUCUUGAUCCAAUUCCUGAUUUAUUCAAUGUCUUAACAAUUGAAGAUGAUGCCCAGAAACGUUGGUCGUCUUUCCGCUAUCAAGUACGGAAAGAUGCAGUUUCAUACACUAUGGACAGAUUAGCAGACAUGGAAACAGCAGUGGCUCUUCACAAUCCCAACAACAUGGUAGAAAUGUCCCAAAAAGUUGAGAUGGUAAACUGCACAGUGGCAUUCAUGGCUGAUUGCCUCUCUCUGAAAAAAUGCAAAACUUCCUGUAAAUCUAUGGGAGCUGCUCGUUACCGCUGGUUCCAUGAUUAUGGAUGUUGUCAAUGUGUUGGUGAUACAUGCCCUGGGUAUGGCCUCAGUGAACCCCGCUGUCUCAAUUGCCCUCGGCAGGAUAAAAUGGAAGAUGAUGAAUUUGUUGAUGAUGUAUAUGAAUAUAUGGAGAACGUAGCAGCAGAUGGGACAAAUACCAAGCGACAGGAUGAAGAUAACUUAUUGCCUGAAAAGAUUGCAUUUCCAAUUCUUUUUAAAAAAUUCUCUUUCCUCCCUCCCACUCCGUCUCUCUCUCUCUCUCUCUCUCUCUCUCUCUCUCUCUCUCUCUCUCUGUCGUCAUAUAGAUACUUUUAA